GCAGCAGCAGAGCACUUGAUACCCAUGAUACCUGUUCCGAGGCGGAUGCUUGAGCUCGGCAAACUGCUCGACAGUCGUCUCAGUCUGUCGACGGAAUCCCAAGCUCUCCCAUCCGACAUCCGCCUCUUCCGUAUCUAUAUUCGAUCCAUUCCCCAUUUCCCCACCGACACAUUUCUGUUGAACCCUUUUUCAAAUUCUUUAAGGGCCGCGGCUUUGACACUCGUCCAUUCUUUUUUAUUUCGGGACCUCCUUUUUUGUGCAGUUUGUUUCCGUCACGUUUCAAAAAAGUUUAAAUAAAAAGUUGCCUCCAGCGCCAUGGCCUGUAAUUCAUCGGGACCGGAAGUUUUAGUGAUCCUUGUGUACUGACGACAUUCAAUAGAUCCCCUCCAGUCAAAGUGUGAACAAGAACUCGAAUAGUCGUGUCUGGUGGGAGAACCAAAAAUCCCUUGCCUCUUCAAAUCCGACGAACGGAGGAGCCAACACACUAAAAAAGGGAAACGAGACGGGCAGACACAACAAACACUGUGACGGAGAAAGAUCCAAAAAAAAGGGCAACUCGAGCCAACCCCGAACGGAACAUAAAUAAAUCAGCGGGGGCCAUCGGAAACAAUUUCUGCAAAGAUGGCGGGGAAUCAAAGCCGAUCAUUAGCGGCGGCCGGACAGGAGCCACCGCAAUACCUCAACUUAUCUUCGUGGCCAGUGGACGCUUCAUCAUACUACAACUACUUAUUGCACUAUUGCAACAACAACAGCACGCCAGCAGCUGCUGCCGCCGCCGCCGCUUGUUGUGAAUGGAAUAACUGCAGUGUGGCCGGUAAUAUUUUCCUGGAGGUGUCCGGCGCCGACGACGACAACAACAACAACAACAGCGGCAACGCCAGCGAUUAUUGGAUCAACUCGACAAACCCACAGCGACCCGAAGACAAUUUGAUAUUCACCAGCUUGACUUCGGCCAUCUUGGGAGUGCUCAUACUGGCCACAAUCGUCGGUAACGUGUUCGUGAUUGCGGCCAUCCUGCUAGAGAGGCAUCUACAUUCCGUGGCGAAUUACCUCAUAGUUUCGCUGGCAGUGGCCGAUCUGCUAGUCGCCUGUCUGGUCAUGCCCCUGGGAGCCGUCUACGAGAUCAGCCAGAGAUGGAUCCUAGGACCCGAACUGUGUGACAUGUGGACCUCUUCAGAUGUCCUCUGCUGCACGGCAUCCAUUCUUCACUUGGUGGCCAUAGCAACCGACAGAUACUGGGCCGUGACUAAUCUGGACUACAUCCACAAUCGCAAUGUCAGCCGCAUCGGGACGAUGAUUUUCCUCGUCUGGGCUGUUGCGCUGAUUGUGUCCGUUGCGCCGCUGUUCGGUUGGAAAGACGCCGAAUUCCUGGACCGAGUCAACAUCCAGCAGCGCUGCCUCAUCAGUCAAGACGUUUCCUAUCAAAUCUUUGCCACUUGCGCCACAUUCUACGUCCCUUUGGCCGUCAUUCUCAUCGUUUAUUGGAAGAUCUUCCAGACGGCCAGGCGAAGGAUACGCAAACGUCCCAAUCAGAACCAUCAGCAGGAGCAGCAGCUGGACCACCACGGCCACCUCAAUCACGACGCCAACGACAAUCGAAAAAUGAUGCGCCGCUGGUUCAAGUGCCCGGCAGCUGGCGCCUCAUCGUCGGCCGAAGAAUCGGAACACAUCAAAGAAGACGAGCCACCUGCUAGGACCAGCUCCGACGACGCCAUGGCCAUCGCCACCGCAGACGACGGUGGGCAGCACACACCCAAUCAGCAGACGACGGCCUUCACCAUCGAAAUUCCCGACGUCAACGCCGCAAUGCCCAUCACGCCGGAGAGCAACGCGGCCGUGGCGGCCGCCGCCAACCGGCAGUCGCCGCUCAACGGUUCGACCGUGGCUCUGAGCAGCAGUCCCGUCAUUAUCAAAACACCGUCGGCGGGUCCGGCGGCGACGGCCAGAACGACCGAGAAUGCAGUGCGGAAGAAAAGAGAGACGCUGGAAGCGAAACGUGAGCGCAAAGCGGCCAAGACGCUGGCCAUCAUCACGGGCGCCUUCGUUGUCUGUUGGCUGCCGUUUUUCGUCUGCGCCCUGCUGAUGCCUUUGAGACCCGACUGGGUCUUUGAUGAGACAAUGCUGUCCGUCUUCCUCUGGCUCGGCUAUUUCAAUUCAACGCUCAACCCCAUCAUCUACACCAUCUUCAGCCCGGAAUUCCGGCAAGCCUUCAAGCGGCUACUUUGCGGCAAGGCGGCCGUCAACGGAACUUCGGCGUAUCGACCACGGAAACUUCGUUGAAUACAAAACAAAUUUCACCACCAAAACACACCCCAUACCCAGAAAACAACACGAAAAAAAUAAAAUAAAAUCCCCAGUGUGCUGGAUGUACAAUUUGUGUGAGUGUGAAUGUUUGUUACUGUAUAAAUAUUGAUGUAGAGAAAAAAGAAUUUCCAACAUAAACAUUUACGCAUUUAGAUAGACGGGUUGCGCCAUAUUACGUGUUACAUAAUAAAUUCUAACAUCAAAUCUAUUCUAUUUAUCUAAUCGAAUAAAAAAAAAAAACCCAAAAAACAAUUGACCUUUUGUUGUUUUUCAGAAAUCCUUUUUGAUAUGUCAUCAUCAUUCAAUGGUUCCCUUGCAUCACUUAACCUUUGCUUCUCUUAUGAAAAAGUUAUGAACCCCUCAGCCCAGCGGCGGAGUGUUCGGCGAAACAUUUCCAGUAUGCAACGGUGAAUUUCUUUUAUUUAAGACAAUUCAUCUUUUAAUCCGAUUUAUAUCAUACAACCAAACAUGGAAAAGGGUUGAAAAAGUUUUAUAUAAAAAAGAAAAAUGAUUAAACCUCAAAUGCCAAGCAUAAAAAAUUUCAAAAAGGAAAAAAAAAAAUCAUAAAUAACCUCCUCCCCUUACUAUAUAUCACGGUCCACCUGUCACUAGCGGAACACCCACGACUCACGAAUUAUUACGACAAAAUUAUGUAUAUACGCAUAAAUCAAUUUGAAAAACUUUUGCAAAAAGUUUUUAUUCGACGCCGGGGCAAAUAGAACAAAAAAAGUUAAAUAAAAAAAGGGGGAAGAGAUUGUAGGGAAAGAGGAGCGCGGUGCGUGCGUGAUACACAUGUUGUUGUGCUGUUGUCACGGACGGUGAAUGUAUAACACGAUUUGUUGUGUGUAUGUUAAUGUUUGCGUGUUUGGAUUAUUGCUAUACCUUUUAUUUGUUCUGUUUUGAUCUCUUUCCAUUUUUUGGCGUGUUUCCGUUUCGGUGGCCAAAAUGUUGUAAAUAAAAAUUCGAAUUUAUGUCAUAACAAAUAAAUCCAAAUCCCAUCGCGGGGGCGACCGUCUGUUUCAAUGAAAUGGCGUUGCGAAACAAAACGAGAGAAAAAGAGAGAAAAAAAAAAUUCUAUUCGCGGUUCACUAAUCAAAUUGUUUCCAUGUUGUUUAUUUGUUU